AUGGCAGGAUCCGUCCAGGGUGCACAGGGUGAGAGUGUGGCAGAAAAUGAUCUCGACCUCGAUGACAUGGAAUACAAUCGCGACAACGGAGGUGAUUCGCUUAUUCCCGAGCCCAUCGUGAUGCGAUCGGCGCUAGGUGAACCGGUACCAACGGUACAGAUUCCGAACAAGGAGGGCGAGUUUGUGACGAUGACACGCAUGGACGUGGCGGAGUGCAAAAGUAAUGCCACCUAUUACGAGGCCACCAAAUACGUACAGUGCUAUCUGUACCGGGCGAACGCGAGCGAAGAUCGGUACGAGUUCCACUUUAACGGGCUAAGCUCGAUCGUGCAGGCUGGCUUCAGACGGGACCUGCCCACGGCCAUCCUUGUGCACGGUUGGCUCGGCAGCUCAGAGUCGGUGGUGAUUGAUCCGCUCGCCAAGGCACUGCUCGCCCAAGAAGACAAGAACGUUAUCGCGGUCGAUUGGGAGCAAGGGGCGAGCACUUUGCUCUAUCCGAUUGCCCGUUACCGUGUGCCGAAGGUUGGCGCUCUGGUUGCGGCACUGAUAGAUAAUCUGGUGACCGGGCUCGGUCAGGACAUCAAUCAAAUCGGCAUUAUCGGCCACAGUCUUGGUGCACACAUAGCCGGUAUUGCUGCGAAGAAGGUGCGGGCAGGCAAGAUAGGAUACAUCGUAGGUCUCGAUCCGGCUUCACCACUGUUCCGCUUGAAAAAGCCGGACGAUCGGCUCACCGCGGACGAUGCACAGUACGUCGAAAUUAUUCACACCAAUGGAAAGGCGCUCGGCUUUUUCACCAACAUAGGCCAGGCCGACUACUACCCGAACGGUGGCGUACGGCAGCCCGGCUGUGGUUUCAGUCUAACGUGCAGCCAUCAGCGAGCGGUUGAUUUUUUCAAGGAAUCGCUCAAGAUACGCAACUAUUACGCCCGACGAUGCGAUGAUCUCACGAACCUGGGACCAUCCUGCUCCACCGAUCGAGCGGUGCUGGGUGGAUUGGUUUGGAAGUCAUCAAAACCGGCCGGUGUGUACUACAUCGCAACAGCCUCCAACGAACCAUUCCUUCGCAGUGGAACCGCCGAUUGUCGAUCAAUAUCCUGGAUCUUCGCGGUAGCAUUAGGCGUUGCGUCGGCAGUACGGUGCACGUGGGCAUGA